AUGAAUUUAACUGUUCCAUUAUCACCAACUUCGUCUGGUUUUCAUCGGUCUCAUUCUGAUCGUGAUCUGUUAGCUGUUGAACGUCGAUUAACUCGUGCUCGUCUAAACAGUUCAUCGUCAUCAUCGAAUCUAGCCUCGUUAUCAACAACUAGCACUUCUAACACAACAUCAUCACCCUCACAUUCAGGUUCAUUAUCAGCAUCCGUAUUUCUUCCAUGGGAUCGUUUACACAAAUGGUUCUAUGGUAUUGCUAUUGUAACAUUUGAUCUUGAAUUAGGACAAUCUAUCGAGUUACUUCUACCAAGUCAUUGUAAAUUAACAGACAAAGAAAAAUUAAACUUAUCUUAUUUAUCAUUUCCUGAUACGAAUUCAACAAGUCUCGGUGACUUUCAAUAUCAUUUUCGUAUGAAUCAUGAAUCAUCAAAUUUAACCGUAGAUCAUCAAUAUUAUAAUUCAAUUGUCCCACCAGCAUUACAAAUUGAUCAUAAUUCAUUAUUUGGUUAUGUUAAUUUUCGUCAAAUACGUGAUAAAAAUAUACCACGAGGAUUUUUUCAAAAAUCAUUUGUUAUUUUAUCGAAAUUACCGUUUAUUUCGCUUUUUUUAAAAAUUGUUCAUCGACUUGCUAUAAACUAUUUCGAACAUGGCCUAACAAGUUUAGAAUCAUGUUGUCAUUUAAUGGAUUGUCAAUGGCCAGAACCUGAGCCUGGAAAGACGUUAUUAUUACCGUUAUUAGAUAAUGUUCUUCAAGUACGCAUUCCGACACAUGGUGACAAACCAUUUUCAUCAUCAGAUCUUGUUCAAUUUCGUUCCAUCGUUCAUGAAACAAUGAAUAAUCAGAAUCAUAGUCAUUCAUUUAAGUUUCCUAUAGAUGAUGAUAUUGAUAUUGAUACACCAUCAAAAGAUUCAUCUGGACAUAAUGAAAGUAAAAAUAGCAAUAAACCUGUUGAAUAUGUAAAACAAAAUGAACAACAACAGCAACAAUUGCCAUACUUAAUACCAUUGGUAUAUGAUGUUAAUACGUAUCAAUCAUUGUUAUGUGUUUUAAAUCAUAUUCAACUUUUAUGGGAAUUAGUUUUACUUAAUGAACCAAUUGCAAUUGUUGGGAAUUUUCCAACAAAAUGUUCACAAACUGUUCAAGCGCUUGUUCAUAUCAUAUGGCCAUUACGAUAUGCAAAUAAUUACCGUCCAUUUUUUACAAUUCAUAACAGUGAAUUCCAUGAAAUCACGUUUAAUUCUUCACUGAAAUCCUCAUUCUCGCCACCACAAUUUAUCAUUGGUGUUACAAAUCCAUUUUUUGCUAAACUUAUUCAUCAAUGGCCACACAUAAUUCGUGUAGAUGACGAUCAGCAAGGCAAGCCAAUUAAAAAACGUGAAAAUUUUCUUCUUGUAGAACAUGAUGAAGAUAAUCUAUCUGUUAAUGAAUUAGAAGAUAGUAUUGAAUUAUCAUCAUCACCACAAGCUCCAAUUAAAGUGAAAAAGAAGAUUUCAACAAACAUCAAACCAUAUAAACCUACGAGUACAUUAAACGAUAAGUCGUCACAUUUAACAUUUGUUAAGAAAGCUGGUUUAUAUACAAAAUAUAGAUCAUACCUACAGCGUGAUAAAGUAAUAUUAAGAAAACUUCAAUCGACAAAUAGUAACCAACGGCCUGAUACAGUACAAAAUACGUUACUGCGUCGUUUUUUUCUUGAAUUAACACAAAGUUUUAUCAUACCACUAGAACGUUAUUUUGCGAGUCUCUUACCAUUACGAAAAUAUUAUCAAGCCAACCGUGAACCGCCAACAAUAAAGGAAUUCGAUAACGAAGAAUUUCUCAAAACACUUGAUCAGUAUGGGCCACAAUUAACAUCUGGUUUAAAAGGUGAUUGGAAAGAAUUAUAUAAACAUUUUCUAUCAACACCCAAUUUUCGCCUUUGGUUAUCACAUCGGCGGCUAGAAGCUAAUGCAAAGAUAUAUUCAUUAUAUAUUGAAAAAAUAGCAUAUUGCCGUUUGGAACAAGAUUUAAAUAUAUCUCAAUUAACAGAAAUAGAAUUAAUUGAUUUAGUUAUUAAAUUUAAAGAUUUAAUCCAACGAAUAGAAACAAAACAUGAUGAAUUAUUAAUCAGAAUUGAUCAGAAAUUAAAGUGUGAUUAUUUAGAAAAAUUAAAAAUAAAAAUGAAAAUUAUUAUUGAUGAAAAUUUAUCUGAAGAUAUGAAAAUAUUAUUUAAUAAGCCUUCAAGACUUUCUUCAUCUUAA